UUAAACUGUUUGUGGGGAACUCCAGUGCCAGUGAAAAGGCAGUCAUGCACAGGCAUUGGUGCCACAUCGAUGGCAACUAAGGCGAAUCGUUUCAGCGUGAGUUUUCUCGAGAUGAAUUUACGAGUUGUUUUCUUUUCCGCCGGGAUGUAUGUGCAAAAGUGUUAAUCUCACGUUGCAGCGUCAUGAUAUGUUGUAUUUUUAUCAACUGUCGCUGUAUGUAUCGCUGAAGCAGUAUUCUGACAUCGCUAAAAAUAAAUUCACAAUCUAUACAUCUAACGGAGAGUAUUACGAAUCGUUUAUUAUCUUGCUCUAUUGACACAACAAGUUAACAGUGCCAUUGUUCAAUAUGGCAACUCAUGCAUUCCGUGGCAUCCAGAAAUUAAACCGAGUACUAGAUGCUAGUAUAAAGACGCUUAAUUUCAUAUUAAGGCGUACAUCGACAUCGGCACGAACCAGGCUUGUGACAGGCUCAAGUGGCGAAAAGAUUUUUGUACCUUUGAAUGAUGUUUCUUAUCCAGAAAUCUUACUCCACGAAUUUGUUUGGGACAACAUUGAAAAUUAUCCUGACCAUAUCGCUUUGGAAUGUGGUAUCAAUGGCAAAAAGUACACGUACGCACAAGCCAAAGAUGCGACAAAUUAUAUUGGCAGAAGUUUGCGAAACAUGGGUUUGAAAGAAGGAGAUGUGAUAGCAUUGGUGGCACCUAAUUUUCCGGAUACAGUUUUAGGCUUCUUGGGAGGCUUAUCAGGCGGACUCGUUAUCACUCCAAUAAAUCCGCAUUAUACGGUUGACGAAAUGUCGAAGCAGUUAUUAAGAGUCAAAGCACAAGCAGUUAUAACGUCAUCCUCAAUUGCAUCCACAAUGUUAGUUGCAACAAGAGCUUGUCUUCCACCUAAAGCACCUUUUAUUGUGAUUGAUGAUAAAAUUGGUUCUAUACCAGAGGGUUCGAUACCUUUUGAUGAUCUCAUCACACGAGGCAAAUCGUUGCCGCUUGUAAGUACGAAUGCAACUUGCAAUGAUACAGCAGUUAUACCAUUCUCAAGUGGCACGACUGGAUUACCAAAGGGUGUUAUGUUGACACAUCGUAAUCUGGUAUCUAAUAUUGAGAUGACUCAAUCCUGUUUCGGCGAUGCAUACCGUCCUACUACAAGCACACAUCAAGAGGUAACUCCCUUAAUAUUACCAUUUUUCCAUAUAUAUGGGAUGAGUGCUGUGGUACUUUCGCGUCUUUCUUUCGGCACGAAAAUAAUUACCCUCCCAAAAUUUGUACCGGAGACGUUUCUUGAUGUGUUACAGAAAAAUAAGGCGACUGUACUAUUCGGCGUACCACCGAUUGUAUUAUUUUUGUCAGCUUCUCCUCUCGUGAAAAUACAACAUCUUGAGAGCCUUCACACAAUAAUAAGUGGCGCUGCACCACUCGCUAAAUCGGACGUCGAUAAAUUAUUCAACAAAUUUAAUAUUGAUUCCAGUAUGCUAAAGUUUCGUCAAGGUUACGGAUUGACAGAAUCUUCAGCAGUAGCAUUCGUUGAAGAUGGAUACAAAUUUGCCAGCAUUGGAAAAAAUAUGAGUAAUUGUUUAGCACGCUUAGUAAAUAUAGAGACUAAACAGGAUAUUGCCACUCCUGGAGAAACCGGCGAAUUAUGGAUUAAAGGACCUCAUAUUAUGAAAGGAUAUUUGAAUGAUGAAGCCUCAACGAAGGCAACAUUAACCGAAGAUAAAUGGUUGAAAACGGGCGACAUUGCUUAUUUCGAUGAAGAUUAUGAUUUUUUUAUUACGGACAGAAUGAAAGAGCUUAUUAAAGUUAAGGGAUUCCAGGUACCGCCAGCGGAAUUGGAAGCAUUGCUGCGAACGCAUCCAGAUGUGAAUGAUGCAGCAGUGAUCGGGAUUCCGCACGCAAAGUAUGGCGAGGUACCGAAAGCGUUCAUAGUGGUGAACGAAGGCAAAAAACCUACGGAAGAUGACAUUAAAAAUUUUGUAAAAGGAAAGGUCUCCGAUUACAAGCAACUCGAAGGUGGAGUUAUGUUCCUUAACGAGAUCCCGAAGAAUACUACUGGAAAAAUUUUAAGAUCAAAAUUGAAGAGUGAAUAUCAGUCUUAAAUGGUUAACUCGAAAUGGUUUUUAAAAAAUUGUUUACAGAAUAAAAUCAACAGUAUAAAAAAAUAUCGUGUAAUAACAUUUAUAUGUAUAAAUAAGGAGGUGAUGUAUAAUUUUAUGGGUACAUAUUAUUUUAUAUACAAUGUACAGUUUCUUCUAAUAGAAAUAUAUAUAUAUAUAUACAGCUUUAAUAUAUAUAUAUAUAUAUAUAUAUAUAUAUAUAUAUAUACAUACACGGGCACACAUACAAGAUUAUCUAUUUGUAUGCAAUCCAUCAAACGUCAUUCAGAAUGUCUGAAUAACUAGAUUUUUUCAAGGUAUGAAAAAAUGUUCUAAUCUAUAUAAUUUUGAAAAGCAAAUAUUAAAUAUAGUACAUAUAUGUAUAUAAAUUGUGAAGAAACGAAGAAAAAAAUUCUCAGUUGAUGUUAGAGAUAGUUACACAAAUAUGUGUUUAGAAUUAUCUAAAAAUUGUAUUAUUCUAUUGUUGAUAUGCUUAAUUCUGGAAAAAUUGUUAUAGAUUAUUUUGUAUCAUUUUGUACAUAAAAAAAUAUAUAAUAUUGUAUUUUUAUAAAAGAUUUUUAUAAAAGAUUUUUUUAAUAUGAUAUUAAUUUAGCAAUCAUUGUUUAUUUUGAUAUUAAUAAAAUAUACAUGUAAAGAAAAAGAGAAAAAGAGCUAGAUAUAAAAAUUCUUAUUGCAUCUGUGACAUGCGUAUAUAUCUGUCAGAUUAGUCUUUUGAAAUUAUGGUAUCUUCAUUAUAUACAUAUUUGGAUUUUAUACAUAUUUUUAUAUUGUAUUACUAUUUUAAAUAAAACAGCAUUUCAUAAA